GAGCGGAGGAGGAGAUGCCUAUCGUGACAUGUCACCGUGGGGAACAGCCGCAACAACAACAUGAAGUAUGAGCCAAAAAUCAGCAUGCCUAAUUUAAAAGACGGCAGCUCUACAUGAGCUCCUUCUGAGCAACUGGCCUCGGCCAUGAGCGGAAAGGGCUGCCAGCUCCUGGUGUCGCCAUGCGGCGUGUCCCAGUCGCUGGGGAAGAUGAGAGGGCACCGGUCCCAGGCCGUCAAGGUGCCCAUGACUUCCCCUCAGUGGGGCGGUCUACCCUUCUCAGGCACGGACAAAGUGAACGGCGGGAAGCAGAACGGCGGCCACGUGGCCCUGCCGAGUCUGAGCCUCCGCAGGAAGUUGUUGACAAACGGGAAACAGGACGUCAAGCCGACGGCAUCGCCGCUCCAGCAAGAUGCGAGCAUUCAAAGCGGCUCUUCCAAUAAAGUAGGUUGUGCUGGUUCCAGUCCUGCCAUUGAAGUUCUCGGACAUCCAGCGGGUUGGAACCUCACGGUAACCAGCGUUCCGAUGUCAGUUGUCCCUGGUCAUCAAUACGAUGUCGCGACUUAUCACCCGCCUCUGGAUGCCAGGUCGGUGCUGUCCAGAGAAUCCCUGGCAUCCACGACCCUCAGUCUGUUUGAAACCCAGUCAGUGUUUAGUGGACGAAACGACUGGCCGUUUGGCUACCGUGUGCUUCCCCCGCUGGGGCAGGCACCGUGUUCCACCCUGGCCAGCGAGGGCAGCGAACAGCUCGGCCUCCACCCUGGCACGGCCAUGUCUGGCACCGAGGUCUCCAACGGCACGAGCACGUCGGCCUCCCUCCCCUCGUACCUUUUCACGGGUGAUCCCGGGAGCCCCAAACAGCAUAACGCAAAGAAGAGAGCUCUUUCCAUGUCGCCUUUGUCGGACGUGAUGGGCAUUGAUUUCAACUCCAUCAUACGCACCUCGCCUACUUCGCUUGUAGCUUACAUCAAUAGCUCACCUGCCUCCCACCCCAUAUUCUCGCCUGUCCAGUCCGAGGGCUAUGGCCACUUCCUGGGUGUGAGGGGCUCUUAUAUCCCUCAGGUUCACCCCUACACUAUGCCAGACCCUUCACAGGCUCUGGCUCCACCGGGAGAGUGCACCCGCAGGAAGGCUCUGGAAGAAGGUGGGGCUCUGGAGAGUCAGAUGGCUAACAUGGUGGUGGAACAACAGUGCCUUCCAAAUUCAAAGGAAGGGGGUGCACUGGGAAGGAUUUCAGAAUCCUGUAGAGAAGAGACCAACAACAUGUUGCCAAUUCUGCAGCUGCCGUCAGCUCUACUGUCCGGUGAAGACACUACUAUUCCUCAGGGACCUCCACCUCCCUACCACUCCCAUCGACACAUCCACCUUUCUAGAAGUCAUCACAAAAUAAGGAAUAGAGACACUCUCAACCAGGGUCCUAUGGUUCCGCCCCGGCAUGGGCUCAACUUUUUACCCCAGAUUCCGAUGCUGGAGGAAGAAGAAGGUGAGAUGGAGGACUAUGGCGCCCACUGCUGCUUGUGGAUGGACUGCAGUGCAGUAUAUGACCAAAAGGACGAGCUGGUGAGGCACAUAGAAAAGCUACACGUAGACCAGAGAAAGGCCGAGGACUUCACAUGCUACUGGGCGGGUUGUCCUCGCAACCUCAAACCUUUCAAUGCCCGUUACAAGCUUCUGAUCCACAUGAGGGUCCAUUCGGGAGAGAAGCCCAACAAGUGCACGUUCAAGGGCUGCAAAAAGGCCUUCUCCCGCCUGGAAAACCUGAAGAUCCACUUGCGCAGCCACACAGGGGAGAAGCCGUACCCUUGCCAGCACCCGGGAUGCUUCAAGGCCUUCAGCAACUCCAGUGACAGAGCCAAGCACCAGCGCACCCACCUGGACACAAAGCCGUACGCGUGCCAAGUGCCGGGCUGUGCGAAGCGCUACACUGAUCCCAGCUCUUUGAGGAAGCACGUCAAGUCCCAUUCCACUACGGAGAGACAGCUACGGAAAAAGAUGAAAUCCACAGCUGAUGUGACCCAGGAACCUCUGACAGACUGUUUAACCAUCCACCAUCUGCGCCCUAGCAUCUCCCCACCAGCCAGAAGAGACAACUCGAUAGCAUCCUCCACAGCCUCUCGAGAGCCAUACUCAAAUGCUCCACAGGGAGGUGACUCCCCGCACAGCUCGCCUCUUAUGUGCACUCUGCAAGACAAUCACAGGUAUGCCGAUCCUCCCCAUCGCCAGCUCUUCUGCGCCGACCCCUGCCCGCCAGCGUCACGACUCCCGCAUCCUCCCGCCGGGCCAUGCGUGCAGCCCGGUCAGACCCCCGAACUGGCAACAGACCACGGCCCAGGUCUCUCAGGGCAGAUGGAGGCGCUCUUUUCUUACGACGGGAUGUCAGCGCGGACCGAGUCCGGUCACCUGACACGAGCGGACGCCUUCGGGGCCGGCGGGGUCUGCAACACAGGGUUUAACGUCCAAAUGUCAGGAGGUGACUUCUUCAACGUGAUGGACACCCAUACCAGCCAAGUGUGCCGCAACCACACAGACGAGUGACGCCACCCACAAGUGGAAUUCCUUACUUUUGCACUAUUUUUUGGGACGUGACGUGAAUAGCACAUCAACUUGAGGGCAUCGCUAGCUUCCAAAUGAGAGAAAGUGACUUUAUAUUGCAAUAUACAGUUAGGUCCAGUAGUAGUUGAACAAUAAUUGAUUAGAUCAAAGGUUCUCAAACAUUUUGGGUCCAGGGACACCCUCCGCUCAUAAUCCUAACUCCAAUUAAACAUAACAUGAAUACCCCUAAAUAGCAUAGGAAUUCAAAAGUUGCCCAAUUUUCAAGAAAAGCAUCAUUGCUACUUUAAAACAAGCCAAUUUCUUUUAAGAUAAAAAAAAAAAUUUGUUAUAAUAUGAGAAUAAACUCGUAUUUUAUCAAGAAAAUGAAAGGAAGGAAUCUUUACCAGUACCGAGAUGUAUUUUGUCUGGAUAAAAAAAAAAAAUCAUAAUUUUACGAGAAUAAAGUCAUACCUUUCCAAGAUAAGACAAGUUAAAGUUUAACGAGAGAAGAAAGAAAUUUAUUCUCGUAAUAUUAGACGUUUCAUUCAGGUAAAGACCCUUUUAUUUUCUUUAAAAAACAAAAAAAGAGGAUUAUAUUGUUGAAAAACAUGGGACUUUAUUCCUGGAAUAGUUCCUUUUGUUAAUAAAAGACUAGUUAUGGAGUGAUGUCUGAUUUAUGAGAUAAUGCGUCACAUAAAUCAUAUCAGAGCUUUCAAUCGGCUCAAAGCGAAAGUAGGGAGGAGGAAUUGGUUUAGUAUUGUGUUACUUGUUUAUUUGGCCCAGCAUAUGUAGGUAUGCACUUUUUUAAAUAAUCUGACAUCAUGAUUUAUCGCAGUGGUGGGUUUAUUGGUGUGGUACUCAUGCUCCCUCUAAUGCUUUGCAAAAGAGUCACUGAAUUAAAUCUUCAAAAUGUGCACAAUGUUACAAUGGCUUUUUAUUUUUUUUCCAAAUCCAGUACAGAAAAAUGUGUUGAGCACAGUUCAGUUGUAUUUAAUGUUUAAUUUUGGUCAUUGUGGUGGUACUUGGAAGGCAGGUAUUUAUUGAGGUGGUACCUGGUUUAAAAAGCUUGAGAACCACUAAUUUAUUGCAAAUUAUUUUGCGGGCCACCAAGCUUCAGCUCACAGACUCCAGUCUGAGGUGAAUUUGAUUUUUUUAUGAUUUUGCUUUUAUACAGCUUAUUUUAUCCAUUUUUUAUAGUUCUUUCAUAUUCUGGAGCCUAUCCUAGCAGGAGGCAGAGUAAACCCUGGACUGAUUGCCAGCCAAUAACUGGGCAUAUAAUGCUGUCGUCGGCGAGAAUUCCUGUGAUGCAAUAACACGGGUAACAUACUGCAAAAGUCCCUCAAGACUUUUUGUGGGCAAAUAGAAUAUUCUUCAGUGGCUCAAUCAGUCACCUGAUCUAAAGCCAAUAGAGUAUGCUUGCCACACGCACCAUGUUUAAUCAUUACAUACUGUUUGGGUGAUAUUUGAUUUGUUCUGACAUUUGAGAGCAAUAAAAUUCCCUUAAAUGUCAUUGCUUCCCCCUGAAAUGUAAUGACUUAAAGUGACCCCAAUUUUACAUAAAUUUAAAUAUUUAAAAAUGUCCUUCAUUUGUACGGGGGCUACAAAAUUUGUGUAUGCUGAGAAUGUGCCAGGUCAAAUUUGACCUCUCUACUAAAAUUGAUUCAUGAUUUACCAGUAGUACACAUUAAAUCAAGGAAAUUGAUGGUAAUGGUGGUAAUCUCGAAAUUGUGAAACUGUACAUGCAAAAAAAAAAUUUAUGGGACAGUGAUAACAAUGUUCAAAAGGAAAGCUGGAAACAGUACAGAGAACUGUCUUUUUCAUUUCAUUACAUUUGCACAGGUUCCCACACAAACACGCACCAGUCGGUCUUUGAAGGUUCAUGGAAGAAUCCUGAAACAAUAUGAGUCCAAGUCAUAUCAAAAUGUCAUUUUUUUAUGGGACAGUGGGAGUGGUGUUCAAUAGGGGAGUUUGAAACAGUUUCUUUUUUUCAAGUAAAACAAGUAAUAAACAUCAUAUAAUUUCAUUUGUCUAACUCAUGGUCAAAGCAAUCUGCUUGAUGAUGUCAUUUCUGCGGCGUUAUGUAGCUCACUUUUUUUCUCUUCCUCUCGGGAGAUAAAAGGGUUUCAAUAGCUGGGUUGUGUGCAUGUUGAGAGACACAACUUCAGAGUAUCAUUUAAGAUUUAUGUCUGUAACUUAGCAAAAUGUUUUAACAAUUAAAGGACAACAUCAACAAAAUCAUACCCCCAAAAAAUCUGAUUUAAAACGUAUUUUAUCCGUUAUAUUUAUUGGCUCUAUUUUUUACUUCACAAACGAUAGUCGGAGGCCUGAUUCACACCUCAAACUUUUUGAACUAUGAGGCAUACGUGUUAACCACUAGAGCACUGUGCUGCAUCAACAUCAACAAUAAAAUAAGUCAUAUAAGUGAUCACUUCCCAGGCAUAAUAAUAAUAAUCAAUAUAAAUAAAUCUGUCACGUCAUCAGAGUCAACGGUCAUACAGGAUUUAUUGUUUUAGCAACUGUUAGCUUCUUUUUACAGGUGUAUGACAUUUAGGAAUAUUCAAAUAAUUCAAACAUUGUAAUGUAAGGUACAGUUUGCAUUAGUUCUCAUUCUAUUCCCGUUGUUUCAGAAUUUAAACAAAUCGAGGUUGACCAGCGUACUGCAACAUAUUAUAUUUGACAUUAUUAAUGAUAAUAUUUGUUUGUUUUAGUUUGGUUGCUUCCAUAGUUGUAAGCGCAUCCCUGCUGAUAUGCAUUGCUUGCACUAACAACAUGGUUGCCAACAGUGCAUUCAUUGUACAGUACAUCCGUGCCUGUCUUAUACUGCCCCCGGGUGGCCAAGUAGGGUAGCAGCACAAAUGUCUAUUUUAUAAAUUCUAUUUAUUUUUUCACUACUGUAUGUUUUUUUUA